ACUUAUUCUUAUCUUAUUCUCUGUGAAUGGCAGUUCUCUUGGUGGAAUGCUACUAAGAGUCUCAUUGAUCGAUUGUAGAACUGGUGGUUCGGAUGAAGUCAUGUGUCUUGAAAGUUUAUAUUGGGCCUCGUGGUGGAG